GGGCGCUUACCUCUCAUGUCGCAAACCACCACCUCCACCAGACGAGAACAACUUUCAAUGUUUCCACCAACAGACUCAACACUAUCAACAAUGCAGCACGCCAGACAACACAGAGGGCGCCGCGUAAGGCGGGUGGGUACUCCAUUGUCCUCUAUACAGCACAUCAAACAAGGUCCUUCAGAGGAGGCCAAACGGCAGCAUAUCAAGAGGCUUCGCAUGAAGAAACAACGUGCCCAACAUGCUCAACGCUCACAUCGCCCCCGUACUAAUUCACCGCGCACCAGUGGAAAGUCGCCGAAGAACUCACUGCGCAUUCAGAAGCCGAUUCGAGACCGAUGGGCAGCGAUAGCGGAGGAAACGCAGCGGAUUGUGCUCGGAGAUGGCCAGUACGUUGAAGAGCGCAUUGUUCCCGCCGUUUCUUCUGCUGUUGCUCAAUCAUAUACACAAGGGUCUUCUUUCGUUGAUCCUUUGAUUAGCUCGUUGAAGGCGUUACAGAUGCAACCGGCGCAUAUAGCGCACAAUAUCUUUUCACAGAUUCAGCUUAGUCGUCAGGGCACGAUAUUCUUCCCCCACUAUUCCGAUUCACUCGCUAACUGGGCCACCGCCCAGAAGCGGGCCCUUCCAACCCUUUCCCAAACGAAUAUCAAGUUCGUUCACGACUCAACUCUCUUAGCCGCCCGACAACUUGCACAAUCUAUGUCAUCGAACACUUCCAGGAUCGGAGUCCUCUCCUUCGCAUCCCCGAAGAAACCUGGAGGAGGAUUUCUUCAUGGUGGGGAUGAACAGGAGGAAACUAUCGCUCGCCUUUCAUCACUCGUUGCGAGUCUGACUUCACCCGCCGCCCAAGACUUUUACAAGGAACACAAGAAGCAUUGGAGUGAGGACGGUAGUGGUCUGCAUGACCACUCUAUGCUUUAUUCUCCAGGUGUUGUUGUUUUCAGAGCAGAUGGUGAUGACGAAGAGAUUAAUCUAGGUGACCCCGUUGGCGGUGCAUUCAUUUCCCCUUAUCAAAUCGACGUCGUUUCUGCUGUCCCGGUCAACGCCGCGGCGGUUCGUGCCAAACAUAUCAUCUUACCAUCCGAACGCCAAUUUUUCGAAGACGGCAUUCGUGGUGCCAUGAAGGAACGUAUGGCUCGCAUUUUAAGGGUCUUCGAGGAGAAGGGAGACAAGGUUCUGGUUUUGGGAGCCUUCGGAUGUGGAUCAAGUCAGAAUGAUGUGGAAGUGAUAGCGAGUCUAUGGGCAGAACUCCUGGUAUGUGGUGAUAACGAACAACAUGCUCGGUUCAGGGACGUUUUCGAGCGUGUUGUUUUCGCUGUUCCGGGCAAGCUUUUCACCCCAUUCCGUAGAGCUUUUGACAUGCGUGUUUUUGAACAGGAAGUGGCCUCUGCUGCAAGCGAUUAGUGAUACUUUUUCAUUUUCUAACUGCUUUUACGUUUCUAAUAUAUGUAUGCUCAUAAAUUUGAAGUUGUAUUUCUACAGGACAGUAUGUAGCUCUAGGAUACCCUUUGCUGAUACGAUGGUCAACUUAUCAAUAUGUAUGCUUUCUACUCCCAAUAACGGCGAUACCAGACUUUUCCUACAACAAUGCAUCCAGUAUUCAAUCACAAGUUUUAACAAGGUAGCUCCGGUUAAACGGCUGUAAUAGAAGAGCACAGUUGGUACAGAGUGUUAUAAAUUGUACACGCUAGAAAUAUAUUCGGUUGAGCUAGAGAAAACUCCAG